CCAACUGACAGACGUCAGGAUCGCAUUGUCUCGGCGCAUAGAUAAUAUAGACUUCAUGUCUCGGCGGCCAGAUGAUAAUAUAGUAAUUCUAUUUUGUCAGGAAAUUCUGAAUUAGUUGUGGUUGUAUAAAUGCUCCUAUUUUUGUCUGGGGAGACAAACAAACAAAAAAUAUAAAUUUAGUCUGUAAAUAGUGUGAAUAUAAACAACAUACGAAAUUUAUGAAAGAACAAUAAAUACGUUGAAAAUAUUAUUUUAAACUUCAUUAAAAGACACUUCAUAGAAAAAAUAUUUUCACAAUGUUUACACAACAUAGAUUUUUAAUAACUAAAGCCGCUUCAUUUCGGAAUCUUUUAUUACCUGAAUUACAAAACAAUGCUCGUGUCUUGUAUAACAUCUCGCCAGUACGAAGUCGUUCUACAACUCCACUGAAUACAAUAAUUAUGUUUGUUCCCCAACAAGAGGCAUGGAUUGUAGAAAGAAUGGGAAAAUUUCAUAGAAUUUUGGACCCAGGAUUGAAUAUUUUAUGGCCGAUAGUAGAUAAAAUAAAAUAUGUUCAAAGUUUGAAGGAAAUAGCCAUUGAUGUUCCUAAACAGAGUGCAAUUACAUCUGACAAUGUUACAUUGAGCAUUGAUGGAGUACUUUAUCUUAGAAUUAUUGAUCCUUAUUUAGCUUCAUAUGGUGUAGAAGAUCCUGAAUUUGCAAUUACACAGUUGGCGCAAACUACAAUGCGAUCAGAAAUUGGGCAGAUUUCUUUGGAUAAAGUGUUCAGGGAGAGAGAAUCUUUAAAUGUAUCUAUAGUGCACGCCAUUAACAAGGCCAGUGAAGCUUGGGGUAUUACUUGUUUAAGAUACGAAAUACGUGAUGUUAAACUACCAACGCGUGUACAUGAAGCAAUGCAAAUGCAAGUAGAGGCGGAGAGACGGAAACGAGCCGCCAUACUAGAGUCUGAGGGGGUUCGUGCAGCUGACAUUAAUGUUGCAGAAGGAAAACGCCAGUCUAGGAUACUCGCUUCUGAGGCAGAGAAGCAGGAGCAGAUAAAUAAAGCUGCGGGUGAAGCGCAAGCGAUGCUCGCGGUGGCCGAGGCUCGCUCACGUGGGCUCAAACUGAUUGCACACGCACUCGCCGACAGGGACAGCAGACAUGCGGCAUCAUUAACUCUGGCAGAACAAUAUGUAUCAGCUUUUAAUAAAUUAGCUAGAACUAACAACACUCUUAUAUUACCAGCAAACGCUGGGGAUGUCUCAAAUUUAGUUGCACAGGCAAUGUCAAUAUACUCAACUGUCACAGCGCACAAUGCUCAAUCGACACAGCCUGAAACACAAGAUUUAUAUGAAGAGCCUCUAGUCAAAAUAAACGCUCUAACCGAAAAAGGAAGCACGAUGGCUGGACAUCCCGUACCUAAGGAAGCAGAUUUAGCAGAAUAUUAUUCGGAUGAUGAGGAACGUGAAAAAGCAUUGCAAAAACAAAAAGAGAAGAAAGAUCAGCAUUUAAGUAAGAUGGAAAGAGAUACAUAAAUUUAAAAUAUAUAUUAGUGAGAUACAUAAUACGUCCUUUUGUUGAAUAGCAUACAGUAUACCUACAUACAGUUGAAUACAUGAGUCGACUAUUAUCAAAGCCGGCAAUGUGACUUUUGGAUAAUUAUUGGUAAUUCAGAAAAACGAAUUAUUGACUUUGUAUUCCAUUGGCAGUCACAAAACUCUUCUCAACGACAUCUUAGAUAAAUAACAGGUUAAGUAUUAACCUUUAUUUAAUGCAGGUAUGAACCGUAUUCUUUGAAAGGGACGAUUAUAUUCAAAUCAAUCUGUAUUGACAUAUCAAUAAAAUUUUUUUGUCCAAAUGCACAGAUUGCCACCUUUGAUAAUAGACGACUCACAUAUUGCAUGCGUGAAAGUGUUAAAUUUCUCAAUAAUCCACAACUUGGGCUACAUUCUACAUCGAAAAAAAAAAAAAAAAGAUUGUAAGUUACCUACACUAGUUAUCGAAAUUCAUUUAACAGUUACGGUAGUAUUGUACAGAUUUGAUAAUUUUGUCUUUAGAUAGAAUGUAUUGAAAUGCUUUUGGAUGGAGAAGUUCAGUGAAUUUUUAAAUUAAAAUGAAAUUAAGUAAAAAAUUAAGUAAAUAAAGGUAAAUAUGAAAAAUAAAUUUGAAACACAACUGAAUAAUUGAUAGAAUGCGUUUUAAUCAAACACACAUUAGUGUUUCCUUUAAACACAUAUUGCUUGACACUUAGUGACACAGAAGCACUUGAGUCGUUACGUAUUGAUAACUCUAAUUUUAAGAGGUAUUAUACAAUUACUAAAAGCAUCUUUAAGGUGUUUACAAAUUCAAAAAAUAAUAGUAAAUUUGGAUUCCGAUAAGUUUUGGAUGUUACGAUGAUAUAUGCAAUACAAAAAGUGUAAUAAAGUAAUGUGAAGUGUACUCGAAUAUUACAACAGAAUUUAAUUUAGUGAAAGUGAAAAAAUUAGUGACUAUAUUGAGUACUAACAUAUUUUUUUAGUUUUGAUUGGAAUAAACUAGAUCAAUUAAAUAUUAUAUUUUUAACCUAAAGCUGAUAGAUACCUAUGAAACCGAAUUGAUAUGUGUAUGAAAUAUGUACAUUAAUGGGUAGGUUUAAUAUUUUAGUAGUACAUAAAUGAAGACUUAAAAUCUAAAUAAAAUAUAUAAUAUAAUAAUUUUUGCUGGUUGUAAGACGUCUUGCGAGUCCGCACGGCUAGGUACCACCCGCCCUGCCUAUUUUUGCCGUGAAGCAGUAAUGUGUUUCGGUUUGAAGGGUGGGGCAACCGUUAUAACUAUACUAAGACCUUAGAAUUCAUAUUUCAAGGCGAGUGGCGGCAUUUACGUUGUGGAUGGGCUCUGGUAACCAGUUAAAACCAGGUGGGCUGUGAGGUCUUCCACUGACAUAUGCAAUAAAAAAAACCCUACAUUCUCAGUGGCGCAUUAGUUAGUAAUAUCUAAUUAAGAGAUCAUGAAAAUUUUGUUUAACAAUUUAUGUUGAAAUUGUUCAUUUUUCAUUUUAAUAAUAAAAAGCAAUCAUGGCUUAAUUGGUAUAUAAGAAAACAAUGCAACACACUGGACUUCUCUAGUUCGAUUUUUAGGCUUCAAUGCUACUAUAGUAAGAAGUUCACAUUUCAAUAUAAUAAAAUUACAAAAUAAAAAAUUGAUUAAUAUAAUUUUAUCUAUGUAAUCAUUUAUAAUCUAGAUAUAAAUAUAUGAACACUCAUUUUUAAAUAUGUUGUUUUCUAUAUUAUGAAUGAAGACAUUAACAUGGAUAUAAAUAAUGUUUGCUACCAGAUUUUAAAGUUCCGUCAAAAUAGAGACAAAAUAAAAAUAUUGUUUAAAAGUUUCCAAAA